CAGAAAAUAUAUUUUCAAAACACGGAAGUAAACAAUAUUUGGCAUAAAGUUGUAAUUAUUAUUUAAAAAUGUUGCACGAGCCAGAUUUUGACGACUUGGACAGUAAUGAUUUUACAGAUAAAGAACUUUCUGAUGAGGACACAGAAGAUGCAAGUGAGACUGAUGUGGCUAAGCAAGAAACUCAGUAUACAGAAAUCAAGGAACAAAUGUACCAGGACAAGCUGGCGUUCCUGAAGAAACAGUUAAAGCAGCUUGAGGAGGGGACACUGCCCGAGUUCCUCAAGCGCAACAAGAAGAUUGACCAGCAGUACAGAGAAAGGCUCAAGUACAUGGAGGUCUUCAAGGAAUAUGAGUUGGAGAUUAUAGAAAGAGAAUUCAAAAAAGAGAAGAAAUUGUCAACUAAGGAUUUAGAGGAGAAGAAAGUUGACUUGAAGGAGAGCCUGAUUGCCGACCUUGAGGAGAAGAGAAGGAGUAUCGAGUUGGAGCGCAGCCAGCUCGAGCUCACUGGCGGGCAUUGUAAUUUCCUCCUGUCUACAUCACUAGACGUUAUAGAAGCCAAACCAAUGUCUACACGGAAGUUGAGACGACGGCCCAAUGACCCAAUUCCCAUACCUGAGAAACGGAGAAAGCCAGCUUCACCUGCUCAGAUCAACUUUUACCUAGAUGACGGUGAUAUCAUGGAUGACCUUCGGAUCAUCAACAAGGUUGGAGGAAAGCCCCUGGGCCGUAAACCCAUUCCCACUAUCGGGCCCAUUGACAUUAUUACAGACGUGAAAAUAGAGGAUGGACGUCUCUAUUACGACAAACGAUGGUUUCACCGUAACCAGCCUGUGUUCGUGGACUGUAAGGACGCUGGGAAAUUCAGUGGGGUCAUCACCGCCAUAGGCACUCAGGAGGUGUGGAUUCGGAAGACAUCGGACAGCAGCAAGAUCAAGAUAUACCUCAACCAGCUCCAGAAAGGAAAGUUUGUCCUGCGGCGUAAACAGACGUGACGUCAGCGCGGAUCUGUUCAUUUGUACAUUCGUCAUUCUCAUUAUAAGGCAGUCAGUGGGUUUUAUGUGUCAUUAUAAAUAAAUGUCUUAAAAUUGUU